AUUGAUUGUUAUAAAAUAACAUGAAUUUCCACAAAAUCGUAUUAAAUCUGAACAAAGCACAACAUUCAGUAUAUAGAAAAUAUAGUAUUCUUGGGACAAAUUGUAUGCGAAAAAGUAGCAUUUUAAACUUGCAGAAUGAUAGUAAUAUGUAUAAUAAACCUAUUUAUCCUAAGAGAAGUUUAUCGAUUGAAAGUAUAGUCAAAUGGCAAGAACAAACAUACACCAGUAUUGCUAGCAGUAGUAUGGUAAACUACAUACAGGAUGGACUAUUAUAUUUCCAUGAUAUUAGUGGUCUGAACUGGUCAGCAACAAUCGUUUUCUCCACUAUACUUGUGAGAGCGGGCGUGACUCUACCGCUUGCAAUAUAUCAGAAUAAAAUACUUGCCAAAGUUGAAAAUAUUACACUAGAGCUCAAGGAUAUGGCUAAAGAGAUGAAAAUGGAAACCGCCAUGGCCAAGAAAUCAUUUAACUUGACAGACAAACAAGCUUUCCUCUUGUUCCGAAGAUCAAUGAAAAAACAGUGGAGACUUCUUAUAGAAAGAGAUAAUUGUCAUCCUUUGAAGGCAACUCUAGUUAUAUGGUUUCAAAUACCAAUUUGGGUGUGCAUGUCUUUUGCACUGAGGAACCUAGUGACCAUGUACCCACCAGACCCUGUGGCUACCAUUACAGCUAUGGAAUUGUCAGUGGGAGGUUUUGGUUGGAUCCCAAACUUGACAGUGCCAGAUGCUUCAUACAUACUACCAGUCGCAUUUGGGUUGACAAACCUGGGCAUUAUUGAAAUACAAAGAAUGUCUAAGCUAAGAGAACCUUCCAGAAUGUAUAAUAUAUUCACAAAUGUAUUUAGAGUGUUCACUGUGGUUAUGAUACCCAUAGCAGCAUCUGUUCCAUCGUGUAUGUGUUUAUACUGGACCACUUCCAGUGUAUUUGGACUAGCUCAGAACUUAUGUCUAUUAUCACCAUCUCUGAGAAGAAAAUUAAAGAUUCCAGAAGCACCGAGUGAACUUGAACAGCCAUACAGUCACAUAAAAGAUGAGAUUUAUGACACACUACAUAAAGUCAUACCAAAGAAGACGUAGAUUUUAAACGAACAGGUCGAGAUGAACAAUAUUUUUCAAACCCAAAUAGUUUUUUACCACAUCGUUGGGACAGAGCAGACGCUAGAAAGAAAGAUC